CCGCUCGAACCCAAGAUUAAUAUACUUCAAGCUAAUCAAAUAGUAAAGAUACAAACAAAGUUGCUUGAUAAAUAUACCAUUAUAAAUGUUGAAAAUGGUAUUUUUGGAGCCUUUACUGAAAGAAUGAAGGCACCCGAUUUCCUAAUAGUUCCCCUAGAACCUUCAUCGUUUACAGCAACAAAUGAUAAUAGUAGUCGUAUCUCGACGUCUGGAUUUUAUCUGAUUACUUUGUUAAAUAAUGAAUAUGAAAGUAAUGAUUCCGUACAUAGACACAUUAACCAGGCCCGUACUCAAGAUGAAUCAGCCAAUCAAAUUAAUGGAAAUUCACAACAUAAAUUGGCUGAACGUUACCAAAAUGGAUGGGGAAUUGAAAUGGAUUUAGGAAAAGCGUUUUAUUGGUAUCAAAAAUCAGCAGAAAGUGAUAAUAAAAUUGCACAAUUAACAGAAAGUAAUAAUGAAAUUGCACAACUAUAUUUAGCUAAAUGUUAUCAGAAUGAUCCAAAUACAAAUGAAUAUUUACUUAUAAUGCAAUAUGCUAAUUGCGGUGAUCUUCAAAAUUAUCUUAAAAAUAAUUUUAAUAAUUUAACUUGGAAUAAUAAAAAGGCAUUAGCAUUUCAAAUUCCAAAUGGAUUAAAUUAUUUGCAUAAUGAAAACAUUUUGCAUAGAGAUCUUCAUUCUAGGAAUAUAGUUAUUCAUAAUAAUAAUGCUAAAAUUACGGAUUUUGGUAUUUCAAAAAUUGAAAAUAAUUCCACUAUAUAUAUGGGACUUUGCGGUAGAAUUGCGUAUAUAGAUCCUCAAAUACUUAUAAAUCAAAAAUUUCAAUAUAUUAAACCUUCGGAUAUUUAUAGUUAUGGUGUAUUGAUGAAUAAAUAUCGUGAAAAUACUAUACCAAAUACACCUGAUAAUUAUGUAAAUCUUUAUAAAAGAUGUUGGGACCAAGAACCCGAGAAAAGACCUACAACUAUGGACAUUUUGGAAGAAUUUUCAAAAAUUGACUUUAUAGAGGAGUCAGGUAAAAUUAUUCAUGAAAAUAAUGCCAAAAUUACAGAUUUUGGUAUUUCAAAAAUCGAAAAUAAUUCCACAAUGCAUAUUGGAAUUUUUGGUAAAAUUGCCUAUAUGGAACCACAAAUACUUGCAGACAAAAAUUUUAAAUAUAUCAAACCUUCUGAUAUUUAUAGUUAUGGUGUUUUAAUGUGGGAAAUUACUAGCGGAUAUUCUCCAUUUAAAGAUAAAUUUAGUGAUAAUAAUGAUCUAAUUAAUGCGAUUACUUAUUAUAAAGUUCGUGAAACUGCUAUUCAAGGUACUCCCAAAGUUUACGAAAAACUUUAUAAAAAAUGUUGGAAUCAAAAACCGAAGCAACGACCAACUAUUAAAAAGGUAUUAGAAGAAUUUUUGAAGAUGGGCUUUGGAAAUAGUAUAACAGCUGAAUCAGCUAAAAUCGUGAAUGAUGAUAAUAAUUCUGAUUCUGAAUCACAAUUCGGCAAUUCUGUUCAGUUAGAUACAUAUGCGGAUUUGUCUG